UUUCAGUUCAGUGGAUAAAAUGUACUAAAAGUCAACAUCAUGGCUGAACAUCUCUUUCCGUUUCCUUUUUUGAGAACGCUGCCAAAAUGAAAGCUAAGGGACAGUUGAAGGAAUACGAAGUCAUCGGGCGCAAAUUGCCCACAGACAAGGAGCCCCAAACUCCUCUCUACAAAAUGAGAAUUUUCGCCCCAGACAACAUCGUGGCCAAGUCACGUUUCUGGUAUUUCUUGCGUCAACUGAAGAAGUUCAAGAAGACCACCGGCGAAAUUGUCUCCCUCAAACAGGUCUACGAGACAUCGCCAAUUAAAAUCAAGAACUUUGGCAUCUGGCUGCGUUAUGACUCGCGUUCCGGCACACACAACAUGUACCGCGAAUACCGUGAUCUGACUGUCGGCGGAGCCGUCACUCAGUGUUACCGAGACAUGGGUGCACGUCAUCGUGCUCGUGCCCACUCAAUCCAGAUCAUCAAGGUCGAGGCAAUUGCUGCCAGCAAAACACGCCGCGUGCACGUGAAGCAAUUCCAUAAUUCGAAGAUAAAGUUCCCAUUGGUGCAAAGGGUCCACCACAAGGGUAGCAGGAAAUUAUUCUCGUUCAGGAAGCCAAGGACUUACUUCUUGUAAGAAGUUACAGUGAAGUUUUGUUUUUUUAUAAGAAAUUUUUGAUGAUAGCUGUAAACUGAAGAUACAAAAAAAAACAAUGGAAAAUAAAAAGCCAAUUUUUAUUUUCCAAAAAUAA